AGCCAGCUAUGCAGCCACGCUUAGAGACACUAAGGACAAGCAUCCCAAGUCCUUUCUUUCUGGUCAAUCUGGAGCAGUCAUCAGAGCUGGUGGAUUUUGCAUACAGCCCAUGCAGACAGAGAAGGCUUGACGAAGGUUGGGACAUUUGGCAGUUUCAUUGUACAACAUGCUGCGAUUAAGUCUCUCACCGACUGUUUCAAUGGGAUUUCGUCUGGUAGCUAUGGUGGCUAUCUUGUUUUCCCAUGUUGACCAUAUAACUGCGGAAGCAGAGUCAGAAGCAGGAGGAAAUGAAACCACGGAAUGUACUGGCUCAUACUACUGCAAGAAAGGGGUGAUUCUUCCCAUUUGGGAACCCCAAGACCCAUCUUUUGGGGAUAAAAUUGCUAGAGCAACUGUGUAUUUUGUGGCCAUGGUCUACAUGUUUCUCGGAGUUUCCAUCAUUGCCGACCGGUUCAUGUCCUCCAUAGAAGUCAUCACAUCUCAAGAAAAAGAAAUAACCAUAAAGAAGCCCAAUGGGGAGACCACCAAAACUACGGUACGGAUCUGGAAUGAAACGGUGUCAAACCUGACCUUGAUGGCUCUGGGCUCAUCUGCUCCUGAGAUUCUCCUCUCAGUCAUUGAAGUAUGUGGCCAUAACUUCACUGCAGGGGACCUUGGUCCCAGCACCAUCGUGGGCAGUGCUGCCUUCAACAUGUUCAUCAUCAUUGCCCUCUGUGUUUAUGUGGUCCCUGAUGGUGAGACAAGGAAGAUUAAGCAUUUGCGUGUGUUCUUUGUGACAGCAGCAUGGAGCAUCUUCGCCUAUACCUGGCUUUAUAUAAUUCUGUCCGUCAUCUCUCCUGGUGUUGUGGAGGUCUGGGAAGGAUUGCUCACUUUCUUCUUUUUUCCCAUCUGUGUCGUGUUCGCUUGGGUAGCAGACAGGCGGCUUCUCUUUUACAAGUACGUCUACAAGCGCUAUAGGGCUGGCAAGCAGAGGGGGAUGAUUAUUGAGCAUGAAGGAGACAGGCCAGCUUCCAAAACUGAAAUUGAAAUGGAUGGGAAAGUGGUCAACUCUCAUGUUGAAAAUUUCUUAGAUGGUGCUCUGGUUUUGGAAGUCGAUGAGAGGGACCAAGAUGACGAGGAAGCAAGGCGUGAGAUGGCAAGGAUCCUGAAGGAACUUAAACAGAAGCAUCCGGAAAAAGAAAUUGAGCAAUUAAUAGAAUUAGCCAACUAUCAAGUCCUAAGUCAGCAGCAAAAAAGCCGAGCAUUUUAUCGGAUUCAAGCUACUCGCCUGAUGACCGGAGCUGGCAACAUUUUAAAGAGGCAUGCCGCUGACCAAGCAAGGAAGGCUGUCAGCAUGCAUGAAGUCAACAUAGAAGUGGCUGAAAAUGACCCAGUCAGUAAGAUCUUCUUCGAGCAAGGGACAUACCAAUGUCUAGAGAACUGUGGUACCGUGGCGCUCACCAUUCUCCGCAGAGGGGGCGACUUGACCAACACUGUGUUUGUUGAUUUCAGAACAGAAGAUGGCACAGCCAAUGCUGGGUCUGAUUAUGAAUUCACUGAAGGGACUGUGAUCUUUAAACCUGGGGAGACCCAGAAGGAGAUCAGAGUCGGCAUCAUUGAUGAUGAUAUCUUUGAAGAGGAUGAAAACUUCCUUGUGCAUCUAAGCAACGUCAGAGUCUCUUCUGAAGCUUCAGAAGAUAGCAUACUAGAAGCCAAUCAUAUUUCCACACUUGCUUGUCUUGGGUCCCCCUGCACUGCCACCGUGACCAUUUUUGAUGAUGACCAUGCAGGCAUCUUUACAUUUGAGGAACCAGUGACUCACGUGAGCGAGAGCAUUGGCAUCAUGGAGGUGAAGGUUUUGAGAACAUCCGGAGCUCGAGGAAAUGUUAUUGUUCCCUAUAAAACCAUUGAAGGAACAGCCCGAGGUGGAGGGGAGGACUUUGAGGACACCUGUGGAGAACUCGAAUUCCAGAACGAUGAAAUUGUCAAAACAAUUGCAGUCAAGGUAAUUGAUGAUGAGGAGUAUGAGAAAAACAAGACCUUCUUCCUUGAGAUUGGAGAGCCCCGCCUGGUGGAGAUGAGUGAGAAGAAAGCCCUGUUGUUGAGUGAGCUUGGUGGCUUCACAUUAACAGGAAAAUACCUGUAUGGCCAGCCUGUCUUCAGGAAGGUUCAUGCUAGAGACCAUCUGCUUCCCUCCACUGUAAUCAGCAUUUCAGACGAGUAUGAUGACAAGCAGCCACUGACUAGCAAAGAGGAAGAGGAGAGGCGCAUUGCAGAAAUGGGGCGCCCCAUCCUGGGAGAGCACACCAAGCUGGAGGUGAUCAUCGAAGAGUCUUACGAAUUCAAGAGCACUGUGGACAAACUCAUUAAGAAGACGAACCUGGCCCUCGUGGUGGGGACAAACAGCUGGAGGGAGCAGUUCAUCGAGGCGAUCACUGUCAGCGCUGGGGAAGAUGACGACGACGAUGAAUGUGGGGAGGAGAAGCUGCCUUCCUGUUUUGAUUACGUGAUGCACUUUCUCACAGUGUUCUGGAAGGUUCUGUUUGCCUUCGUGCCCCCUACAGAAUACUGGAAUGGCUGGGCCUGCUUCAUCGUCUCCAUCCUCAUGAUUGGCCUCCUGACAGCCUUCAUCGGAGAUCUGGCUUCCCACUUUGGCUGCACCAUUGGCCUGAAAGACUCCGUGACUGCAGUUGUGUUUGUCGCUCUUGGAACCUCAGUGCCAGACACAUUUGCCAGCAAAGUAGCAGCCACUCAGGACCAGUACGCAGAUGCAUCCAUAGGCAACGUCACUGGGAGCAACGCUGUGAAUGUCUUCCUGGGAAUCGGCGUGGCCUGGUCCAUUGCUGCCAUCUACCACGCGGCCAACGGGGAACAGUUCAGAGUGUCCCCCGGCACGCUAGCUUUCUCCGUCACCCUCUUCACCAUUUUUGCAUUCAUCAACGUGGGGGUGCUGCUGUAUCGGCGGAGGCCAGAAAUCGGAGGUGAGCUAGGUGGGCCCCGGACUGCCAAGCUCCUCACAUCCUGCUUGUUCGUGCUCCUGUGGCUCUUGUACAUUUUCUUCUCCUCCCUGGAGGCCUACUGCCACAUAAAAGGCUUCUAAAGGAACAAUCAGAUAUAGUAAAUUUAUAUAUACAUAUAUAUACAUAAAAAAAUUAUGUAUAAUGAACAGAGGAAACUGACCUUUGUUAUGUUCACUUAACCUGCUGAUGGAAUCCAGCUUCAAGAACAUACUCUGUACUAGGGCGGAAGUCAGAAACCACCAUCUCCCAUUCCCAGGGCAUCAUCGUGUUGAACAAGGCAUGGAGGCAGGUGCACCUCGCAUCUCAGCCUAGGAGGGCUGUACCCUCUCCAAGUGUGUAAAUGGCUAAGGCUUUGGUUUGUUUUUCUUUUGUUUUGUUUCCAGUGGGGUCGGGGAGGUGGUAGUUGGCUUUUGGUUUGGUUUGGUUUUGCUUUGUUUUGUUGGGAGAGCCAGGAUCCUCCUUCUCUUUAUGGGAAGCGGUGAUCCACCCAAAGGUGUAUGGAUUUGGGAUCAAUCUGGAAAUCAUUACGAGUUUCUCCUCACCUCCUCCAAACACUUUAAACAUUACUUUGGAUUAAGGAAGGAGCUGGGCAUGGAAGAAGAAAGAAGCACGUCUUUAUUACCAAAAUGUUAUGCUUAUCUCCGAGAUGUGAAUGGAGGCGAAUUGCCUCGAGGAAGAGAAGCAUGGGAGCUGAACUGGAGCCAGGAGAAGCGAUGGUUCUAGACGUAGACUAAGGACAUGGUGCCUGGCACUCUGGUUCAACUGGUACAGGGAUAACGUGCCUAGAUUCCCAGGAACACUCAGAACUCUUCAUACUUAUCUCUUUCGCUCUGAACUGUGAUUAGCAAGACCCUUAUUCCGCCCAGCCCAGCUCAUUCCCCAGGUAUCCUAUCCCCAGACCUCCUCCUGCCCACCACCCAAUCCCCUGCAAGCAGGAAGAUUAACCCCAUACCCCCACCCCCCAAAAAAAUAGAUAAUCCUUUUGGUCAUCACGUGAAUCCAGGUCCCACGUUGCUGUUGCCUGGGAUUUUUCCAUCAGUUUUAUUUUCAGUGGCAUCCAUGGCUUGCACAAUCCUGUUCCAGUCAUGACUGAACAUUUGCCCUCCUUCAUGUGCCUGUUUGGGAAUGUUGUUGUGAUCCCCUUUACACAGUGCAUGGAUGACAAACCAAGAAAACAAAGCGUAUCUGUAUAUAGUAGAGUAUAGCAAAUCCUGUUCUCCCAUUCGGCGAUGUUGAUUGGACAUUGAAGACGCGAGUUUUCUUUUCACCUGAGUUGUUACUUUUGAGUUGUUACUGAGUUUGAAUAUCAAUAGGUAUAAAAGAAGAAAAUGGCUUAAUGUUCAUGAUUCUGCACAUUCGUUUCUAAGAAGCAAUAACUGCCAUGUGAGGAGAGAUUAAAGCUAUUGAGAAGACAGAGGAGCUACAGAGAUCUCCAUGGGAUUUUAGCCAUGUAGGGCAUAGCAGAGGCCUCCGAGAAUCACCCAUGAUUAAUUCAGGCAGGCCAAAGAGAAAGGCUGGGGAGAAAAGUGGACACUUUAGGUGUGCCUGUACUUUUAGAGCCACCAUCUCCACACUACCCCUCCCCCAAAGUAUUUAUUGCACAUCUGCACUGUCUGGCACAGAUGGUAGAUAGUGCUAGCUUGUUUUACUUUACUUUUUCUGUAGAAGGCUGUUUUGAGCCCUGUUUCAUUCACCAUCCAGUCCAGACUCCCUGAAUUCAUUAGGAACUCCUGAGUGGAAAAGAAACCGGGGUGACCAGUGGGCCUUUACAAGUCCACUGCAUAUGACGUGAAGAGGAGAUAACGCAAAGAGACUGGAGCAUCCCAGGAAGACAGCACUGGAGAGUUGUUUUUAACCCUUUGAAAGAAAUAGCUCUUUCUAUUCAAAGGUACCAAAGAGCAAAGAUAAACCCAACAUUCCAAAAGCAGUGCUUCUACUAACAAGGGAAAUGGAAUGGCUUCGCCCGCCUCUCAGACAGGUCUCUGAGACCUCCAUGACCCUUUGCAUUAUUGAUUCAAAGAUACUUAAGAAAUAAAUGUUUCUGAGACCUCCUUUCUCUUCUUCCACUGUGAUCAUAGCAGUCCAUUAUUUAAAUACACAUUUAGUCACUGAGUGAGUAGUUAGAUACUUGUUACCCAUUCAGUAGGUAAUAUACUACUUCCUGGUAGCUGACCAGUGACCAAGAUAGCCCAGAUUCCUGCCCCCAGGAGGUAUGUAAUGAAUGGGAUCCCUAUUCAAAUAGUAUGAGUUGGCCUAACCAUACGGAGACAGUUUUAUCUUGCAAGAGAAAGAUAAUUAUGACUUCUUUUUAACCCAAUCACAUUUAAAAAAAUUGCACAACAAAAGCAGUUGACCAAAUACUCACUUUUUUUUCUUAAAAGAAUGUAAUGUUUCACUCUGGAACAGUAGCCUUUCACCUUGGUCAACUUGCAGGUUUGUUCAUCUUCCUACUUUAGACCAAGCAGGGUAGUCAUGGUGGUGACCGGAAUCACUGAGAAGACCCAGUUAACCGGUUUUUAUCUAUGUGGCACUGGUACCUUUCCAUCACAACAUACUGCAGCCUGCCAAUAUUGGUGACACUGGUGGCCCACAGAGGUACAUUCUAACCCACCUUGUGUUUUUUUCUUUAACUUUAUUUUAGAUUUUAAACGUGGAAAGCUAGCCUAGAACUACUAAGUAAAUACAGUCCAAGGAUCUACAUGGUUAAAAUAUUAGAAAGGUUUUGCACUGUUUUUGAUUUGUUUUUGUUUCUGUUUUGUUACAUUCCAUCUUUGGAAUGUCAAUACUCCUGUAGUGAAUUUUCACCGAGACCUUCCCAAGAAACUCUUACCGUUGGUCAGUUUCAAGUUCAAGCUUUUUGGUUUGUUUGCCUUUUCAGUCUUCAUGCUGUAGGGAAAAUAUGAUGUUCAGGGUUGUUAAUUAUGUGUAAAAUGAUUUCAUUUUAUUUGUUUGAUUAUUAUUUUAUUUUGUGUGUAUUGUGCACGACUUUAGGGGAGCAGGCACGAACAGUGUUGUUCCUUAAAAUUGGUACACAUUAUUGACACGAAAAAGAAAUAAAGUUUCUAAUUGUUUGUGAUUUCAUUGCCAGUGGCAUAGCAUAUUCUGUACUGGGGAAUGCCUCUCUUGACCAUCGGCUCCAGUCUCCAUUCUGUACUGGGGAAUGCCUCUUUUCAUUGUCCUUUGUUUGUUUUCAUGUUUUGAAGAAAUAAAGACCAACAAGGUA